AGAACUACUAAAUCGCGAUUUAAUAAAAAGACGACCUCAUAUGGCACGGUAUGUUGUUGAUGGAUUUGUUUUUCACGUGAAUAAUAUAUCUAAAGGAAACCCACGGAAUAUGUACCUUCGUUGCCUGGAAUACAAACGACUCGGUUGUCAUGCUAGAGCCGAAAUUCCUUUUGAUGGUUCAUCCAAAAAUAUCAAAGUAAGCAAAUCACAUAAUCAUACCUCAGACAUCUGUGCGGAGGAAAAAGUUACUUUUAUGCGUGAUCUAAAAGAAGUGUUGCUUAAAAAUCCGACAGUGCCAAAUCGAACGAUUUAUCAGACUUUGGCAGAAAUGUCUCCAAAUGCAGCAGGAGAAAUCCCGUUCGAGUCCAUCCGUAGGAAAAUGAACCGUUGGAGAAGGGAAAACAACGAUGGGUUACAGCAGCGAGAACUUAUAGAGAAACAAUGAGUAAAAUUAUUAUUAUUUCUUAUUAGUUUUUUCUUACAUAAUGUUAAGUUCAAUUGUUCGAUUGUUUGUUCGAUUUGUUUUUUUCGUUCCUAUUGAUUUUUUCGUUCUUAUUAAUUUUUUCGUAUUCUUAUAGGACAAAGACAAAGUAAAAUGUAUUGUUUAGAAUUUAUGUAGAGCAAAUCUUGUAUACAGGGUGUCCCAGCUAAAACGAAACAGAGGAGUUUUUGCAGAU